AUGAGUAUGGGUCCUUGGAAGACAGCUCAAGAACUGGAAUCAGCCUUCUAUGAUGGCCAGGACAGACAUAUACUAUCCUUCGACAACCCCGAGUCCUUCGCAUUUGCCAUUAUAGACAAGACACGCCCUCCAUCUUCUGAUGACAGUGAUGGCGAGCUGGCAGGCACAAUCAGUUAUAUCAACACAUCAGUUGCCAAUCUCAGUACUGAACUCGGUUUUGUUGUUGUUCUUCCGCCCUAUCAGAGAAGUCAUGUGGCUGUCAAUGCGGCUGGGCUUAUGCUACAAAAUGCCUUUGACAGUCGAGACAAUGGAGGACUGGGCUUGUAUCAAGUGCACUGGAAAUCAAGUAUCAGCAACCCGGCAAGUUUUCGCCUAGCGGAGAAACUGGGCUUCGAGACGGUCGGAAUGACUAAAUGGCAUAUGCGAUUUCCUAAAGGGGCGACCAAGGGGAAAGUUGGGAACGGACGAGUACUACCACCUGGAAGUGAUCCUGACGAUAUAUGGCGAGAUACUGUAGAGCUUAGUAUGUCAUGGGAGGAUUGGCAAAAUGGUGCUAGAGACAAGACCCAGACUGCCAUGAGUAGAUAA